AUGCUCGGCGCCGCGUCGCGCGACGAGAUCGCCGAGUUCGUCAGUGCCGUGGUGGAGCGCGCCCUCGCUGACCGCUCCGAGUCCGGUGCGCCGCUUGUCGCGUUCGCCUGCGCGCUCUGGCACGAGGAGACGGUGGCUCUGAAGCCGGAUUACAGGGCAGCCGCCGUUCAAUCCUACAAGGCCGAGACGCACCAUGCUGAUUUCUUUAACAAGGCAGAGGAGGCAAGAGAGGAAAUCAACCAAUGGGUUUCGAAAGCCACGAAGGAUCUCAUGACCUCAAUCCUCCCUCCAGAUUCCGUAGACUCUAACACUGCCCUAGUGCUCGCAACCGCCAUCUACUUCAAGGGCAGGUGGUCCAUGCCCUUCGCCAACAAGGACACCGAGACCAGGCGCUUCCAGCGGCUUGACGGCAGCCCCGUGCGCACGAUAUUCAUGGACGGCCAAGGGAAUCAUGCGGUGGCGGAGUACGAUGGGUUCAAGGUGCUCAAGCUAGCCUACCAUCCAUACCGUCUUCCCCACUGGCAGGACAAAUACCUGGGCGGUCGUGAUCGUAAUGCUAUGCAGCAAGACUCUGAAGAACGGUCCCGGUUCUCGAUGUGUGUCUUCCUCCCGGACGACCACGACGGCCUGCCGAGCCUCGUCGACGAGAUGGCCUCCUGCCCCAGCUUCUUGUGGGACCACAUGCUGAGUAAACGCGUCAUGGUUGGCGAGUUGUGGUUGCCCAAGUUCAAGCUCUCCUUCUCCAGCAGAAUCAAUGACAUUCUCAAAGCCAUGGGGAUCAAGGCCGCCUUUGGGGAAGGCACUGCCGACCUGUCUGACAUGCUUGAGGCCCGGGCUGGCAUAGUGUUGGAGCAUGUUUUCCACAAGGCGGUCAUCGAGGUGAACCAGUUAGGAACAGAAACUGCGGCCUCUACUGCUUGCAUGGUCGCCCUAAAGUGCUGUCGUUACCCUGUGGAUUUUGUCGCCGACCAUCCGUUUGCGUUCUUUGUGGUGGAGGAGGUGACUGGUGUCGUCUUCUUCAUGGCACACAUUCUCGACCCGACCAAAUCAGCGUAA